AUGGCAUCAACUGGUCACGACUUGAGCCACAAGGCUGGUGAACUCAGUGGUCAAGCGCAGAUGAAGAAGGAGGAAUUUGUGAACCAGGCAUCUAAUGUGGCCCAAGAUGCAUCAAACAUGACAUCUGCCAGUGCUGAUCAUAAUAAUCCUUCUUACACCUCCCAGGCCACCAAUUUUCUUCAACAGACUGGGGAGCAAGUGAAGAGCAUGGCACAGGGAGCAGCGACUGCAGUGAAGAAUACUCUGGGAAUGAAUCCAGACAACACCAACCCCAGCUCCAAUACCACCAUCAGUACUGCUAACCAGCCAAGCAACCCAACACCUACCAAGAUCUGA